UUAUUAGAUGCUUUUCUUGUAUGCCAGGACUGAAUCAUAAACAAAACACAAGAACCAUUUCGUGCUGCGAUAGUUCCAACGUUUUUCGCGUAAAAAGCAUCAAAUUUGUUCAAAAUGGGCAAAGGAAAAGCUGAAGUUGGUACGCCAAAGUAUUUGGCCAAUAAAAUGAAGGCAAAGGGGUUGCAAAAGCUUCGGUGGUAUUGUCAGAUGUGCGAAAAACAGUGUCGCGAUGAGAACGGGUUCAAGUGCCACACCAUGAGCGAAUCGCAUCAGCGACAAAUUUUACUGUUUGCGGACAAUGCUGGUCGUUUCAUCGAUGGAUUUUCUUCCGAGUUCUUAACAGGAUACCUUCAAAUAUUGCGACGACAAUUUGGAACAAAGCGUGUUGCUGCCAACAAGGUUUACCAAGAAUACAUUGCAGAUCGACACCAUCUUCAUAUGAACGCUACCAAAUGGCAUUCGCUGUCCGAUUUUGUAAAGUAUCUGGGUCGGAAUGGUCACUGUGUGGCGGAUGAAACGGAUAAAGGAUGGUUCAUCACAUAUAUUGACCGGGAUCCGGAGACAUUAGCUAUGCAGGAAAAGAUGGCGAAGAAGCAAAAAAUGGACAAAGAUGAUGCGGAACGGUUAGCGGACUUCAUUGAAGAACAGGUUCGUCGUGGAAAAAACGAGGAAGAACCAGGUAGCUCAGGAUACUCGGAGCUUAAACGAGAAAAUGAGGAGGAAACUAUAAAAAUCGAUCUGAAACUGACGGGCAAACUGCCGGCGCAUACUGCCCCGACAGUGGCAAUUAAACGACCUUUCGAUUUGUUGGACGAUUCGAAAAAGGAGAAAAAGAUAAAAGCCUCACUUAGCAGUGGAGAAACGAAAAAAAUAUCCGCGCUGGAUGAGCUUAUCAAAGAGGAGGAGCAGAAAAAAGAGAAGAACAACCGUAAGGACUAUUGGCUGGCUGAGGGAAUCGUAGUAAAACUGAUAACCCGUUCCUUGGGAGAGAAAUACUACAAGGAGAAAGGUGUUGUAGUUGAGGUGUUUGAAAAAUAUCGUGCAAAAAUUAAACUGCUAGAGACGGGUGAAAAAUUGAAGAUAGAUCAAGCCCAUUUGCAGACCGUUAUACCUGCUGUUGGGAAACAAAUUUUAGUUUUAAAUGGAGGCUAUCGUGGUUGUACAGCCGUGCUGAAAGCCAUCAACACAGAGCGAUACAGCGUAACAAUCGAAAUAGCCUCAGGACUGUUGAAAGGACGGUUAGUAAGCAACGUUGCUUAUGAAGAUAUAAGUAAGUUAUUCGUUUGAAAAACAGGGUGACCGAAUAGACGUGUACUAUCAGUUUUAUUUAAACAUAUACUCUUUUCGCGAGUAAAGAAAAUAAUAAAAUGUGUAAGAAAUCUGAGAA